GCGCGGCGCGGCGGGGGCGGCGGCGGAGCGGGGCCGUGAGCGCGGAGCGCGGCGGGGCCAUGGCGGGGCCGGCUUGACCCGGCCCGACCCGACCCGCGCUCGCCGCCGCGAUGUUGCCGAGCCAGGCCGGGGCUGGGAACGGCGCCGCCGCCGCGCUGGCCCGCAGCUCCGGGCUGGGCCGGUCGCCGGUGCCGCGUGGGGCGAACGGCGGCGGGGCGGCGGCGGGGGCGCCCGGGGGCCGCCUGGAGCGGGAGGCGCUGUACAGUGGCAGCGAGGGCGACUCGGAGUCGGCCGAGGAGGAGGAGCUGGGCGGCGAGCGGCGCGGCGUGAAGCGUGGCCUGGCCGAGGCGGCAGCGGCGGUGGCGGCGGGGCCCGCGGCGGGAGCGGCGGCGGCGGCCGCCUACAGCGGCGGCGGGGGCGGUGGGGCCGUGAGCGGCGCCAAGCCUGGGAAGAAGACGCGGGGCCGGGUGAAGAUCAAGAUGGAGUUCAUCGACAACAAGCUGCGGCGCUACACCACCUUCAGCAAGAGGAAGACCGGCAUCAUGAAGAAGGCCUACGAGCUUUCCACACUGACUGGCACUCAAGUCCUGCUGUUGGUGGCCAGCGAGACAGGCCAUGUGUACACGUUUGCCACACGGAAGCUGCAGCCCAUGAUCACCAGUGAGACAGGGAAGGCGCUGAUCCAAACAUGCCUCAAUUCCCCGGACUCACCCCCACGCUCGGACCCCACCACUGAUCAGCGCAUGAGUGCCACGGGCUUUGAGGAGACGGACCUCACCUACCAGGUGUCUGAGUCGGACAGCAGUGGGGAGACCAAGGAUGCACUGAAACCCGCAUUCGCUGUCACCAACCUGCCAGGAACAACGUCCAUCCAGACAGCCCCCACCACCUCAACCUCCAUGCAGGUCAGCAGUGGCCCGUCAUUCCCCAUCACUAAUUACCUGGCACCAGUGUCUGCCAGCAUCAGCCCCAAUGCCGUCACCAGUGCCAACGGGACAGUGCUGAAGACUACUGGAGCCAGUGCAGUGACGUCUGGGGGCCUCAUGCCAAUACCCACUGGCUUCACCCUCAUGUCAGGUGCUUCCCUUUCUCCGGGGACCCCUACCAUUCCUCUCACUCAGUUACAGCCGCACUCUCUGGCUCUUUCCAGCCAGCAGGGCCAGGUGGUCACAGGUACAGCUGGACAGCUGCAGCAGGCACAACAGACAGUCUUCCGCUUCCCUGCCAGAGCUGGAGGGCAGAUCGUGUCGCUGACAGGUGGUACCAUGGCUCAGCAGGUCCCAGUCCAAGCGAUCCAGGUGCACCAGGCACCGCAGCAAACGUCUCCCUCUAGUGACAGCAGCACUGACCUUACCCAGACCUCUUCCAGCGGAACAGUGACCCUCCCAGCGACCAUCAUGACGUCGUCUGUGCCAACCACUGUGGGUGGCCACAUGAUGUACCCCAGCCCACACGCGGUGAUGUAUGCGCCCACAUCUGGCCUUGCGGACGGUGGACUUGCAGUCCUCAACGCUUUCCCACAGGCGCCCUCAGCGAUGCAGGUGUCCCACGGCCAGGUCCAGGAUCAGGGUGGCGUCCCCCAAGUGUUCCUGACAGCCCCAUCAGGCACUGUUCAGAUCCCAGUCUCAGCUGUCCAGCUUCACCAGAUGGCUGUCAUCGGGCAGCAGAGCAGCAGUGGCAGCAGCCUGACGGAGCUGCAGGUGGUCAACUUGGACACCUCACACAGCGCCAAGAGUGACUGAGAGGCCUCUGCUGCCAGCCUUUUGUAUCUGGCUUGUCGUGCCAGUGUUGGGGCUGGUGGCAAUUCCUUCUCAUACAGACUGCACCAGUUAUUUAUUGUUGCCUUUUCACGUUUCCUUCAUCCACACAUGCACACACACACGCACUCGCCCACCCCCACGCACACAGGCAUGCGCGUGGGGCUGCAGAACCCACCUGGGGUGGAGCGGUGCUGGGGCCAUGCAGGGCUUGGGGCAUUUGGAUGCUGCAAUAGCUGUGCUUGUCUCACGCCAGCCAAAGAAAUUUGUCUCUCGAGGGGAGGAUUGCUCUGCACUGUAAAUAAAUACUGCGGGCCAUUCCCAGCUGAAGGCUCUGGCUCCUUCUGGGCGCUCCGAGUCACCUUGCCCAUGAGUGUUUACUCUGCGUGGGGCUCAGCUCAGUCUCGGAGCAAUCACGCAGGCGCAGCUCAGAGCAGAGUGGGUUGAGGCUGUGCUGCUGGCCUCAGCAAUGUGCCUUUGUGGGGUGACAGGUCCUGGCUGCAGCAACUCACCCUGGGCUCUGGACGGGAGAGAGGGGCCAGCUUGCAUGUGCAUCUCUAGGCCUGUGCGCCCUCCUUCUGGAGGGCAGGGCACAGCUGUUGGCACGUGGCCCUGUCCUCCUUGUAUGCACUACAGUGAGCCCUCUGCCCUUAGUGCCUCCUCCCUGGGCUGCCUGGCAGAUCUUCAGCCUGAUUGGCCCAGCCCCAGUGGCUGCCCUUGCACAGCUGAGGUGGUCUGUAGAUGUCCAGGAACACAAUGAUGCCCUGGUGAACUCCUCAGGGGCUCUGUGCUCUGCUCAGCCCCACACUCUCAGCCCUCGCCCUGCUUGUGGACUCCGUACACCCAGGGGAACGUGGCUGGGUCCUUCUUACAUCCCCCUGCAGCUCCAGCCGGCGUGUUCUAAAUUUCUGUGUCUGAUGCAAGGUGGAGAAACAACUCAAAUGUCAAAGGGAAGAGCCCAUGGGGCAUUGAGCUGCUGGGCAGGUGCCAGGCUCUUCCUCUGAGCAUCAGGGUGAUCUGCAGGCCAUCCUGGGCUGUGGAGGAACAGCUGUGAUGCCUGUACAGGCUCAGCAAGGCUGGAGGGAGAAGGGCUGGAGCAUGCUUGGUCCUGCAUGGGAGUUGCUGUGAAUGGCUCUGCUACCUAGCCCUGUCCCUGGAGGGAGAGUGAGCAAGUGAGAGAAGCUGCUGAAUCCUUAGGAGAAGAAGCAGCUACUGUAACUUUUUUUUUUUUUUAAGUUAAAGACAAAAGAAGCCUUGGAGGAAAAAAAAAAAAAAGAAAAUUACUUUAUUUUUCUAAGUGUUAAACUCAGUAUUUAUGUAAUUCUUUAAGGAAUAAAAGUUUGGCUCCUGUA